AUGGCAGGUCAAUCUCAAGUGAGAGGUCUCCGACGAGUGAACAAGUCCAGCAAUCUCACCGUUGAUAUUCCGAAAUUGUCUUGGGGCAAUGCUUUCUUCCAAGCGACUGUAGUUGCCGAGCCGGUCUCUGCAACACAACACAGCCCCUUGGUCUCUUCCAUCCAUGCUUCAUCCACAGAGAUCGCACAACAAGCAAAUCCACGAGACCACUCCCCAAUAAGGAUGCAUCACUUCGAUCCUGUUAGCCGCCAAGACCCGGGCUUGGGGAGUGCAAAGGUAAGUCAUCGAUAUGCGACAGUAAUCGAUGGCGUUGUGCGCAGUCCAGGCGGUGCAUUGCAUGCAGUUGGUCAGUUCGCAACGUCUGCUAUUACUACAGCCCGUAGUCGUAGCCUCCAUCGACCUUCACGAUCAAGAGGUAGGUCUUUCUGGACAUCUGGAAAUCGACCAUCGAUCUCUGAACCAUCACGCCCAAGACUUGUCUCCUCGGUAGCAGAUCCCCAAGCGCUGGAACAGCCUUUGGUAAGACAUACGUCGCUCACCCUUGAGGGACGAGAGUUCCGAGAGCAGUCAACAACGUCGCUCCCGCGAUUAGGGUCUCGACAUGAUGUUGAUACCCCAGAUCCACUCCGCUGUCAUCCUGCGCAACCUGGCGCCGAUGUCAACGAAUACGCUCCACCUUCUCCGGUCCACAGCUCGGCCUCGUAUCACGCAACAUCUCAGUACCUGACAACGAGUCAGCGCUGGAAGCGCAGCUACAACCAAGAACACCGCCUAUGCAUGGAUCUCCAAACCCAACUAGCAACCGCGACCACCGAGCUAGAAAAGUUGCGCCCCGAACUAGAAGCGCAGCGAACUCGAGCCCAACACUUCGAAAACGCAGAAGCAGUCGCUUCAAAGCGAUCCAUGGCUCCUCUCUUAGCUAUGCUCCCUCUCGAGCAUUCUGAGAAAAUCGCGUUCUUGGUUAAGAGGAACGAUGUACUCGAGGAACAGUUCAUUAUUGCUAACGGUGCGAGGAUCAGAGCUGAGGCUAUUUCUGCUAAGGAAACGAAGGCUUGUGAUUUUCAGAUGCAGAUUAGUGCGAGCAAGAGUGAUCGGAUUGAUGCCCUGUAUCAGCAGCUGGAUGAAUCGCAGGCCGAGUUGAAGACUUACAAGCAGCGCUGCGAAGACUUGGAAGCUGCUGCGCGGGUUCCUCGUGAAGCUAUCGUUGAAGAAGAGCAACGCAACGAACCCUCAUUCCCUACCAUCAAGAUAUCCGAUAUCCCAGUGGAAGAACAACUCAAUGGACCCUCUCCGCCUACCACCAAUACGGCCGAACUCCCAGCACGCAGUUUCUCCGUAAUGAUGAGACGAAUGGGCCGCACCCAACCAGAGGUAAACAGUUCCUCCAACAUCAGUCACCUCCUCCCUGUUCCUUCUACCGUAAGUCGUUCUCCCGACUUCCAACCUCCUGGACUUACCUCCAGAGAGAAUAAGCGCGUCUCCCAAGUGGCAGAAAUGAAGAUCAUGCGCGGCUCGUCGCUUCGCUCGUUGUGGCUUCCUCAGCGGGUUUCACUUGCCAGCGAGAGUGGACCGAAGCAGGAAGUUCCUGCUGUUGAGGCUGAGAUGGAAACCGAAGAGCCUUGCGCGGCAUCGUCGCCCUUCUCCGCGUACGAAGAUCCCUUUCCCGAAGAUACUGCUCCCAUUCAGGUAAUCGUGACAGAGCCAUUCCCAGCCUACGAGGACCCAUAUCCUCAAUCUUCUACCCUGUACUUCCAUCAAAGCGUCUCCCCUUCUAACCAAUCCUUCCAGCCUGCCCAAGAAGAGGAAGAUGAAACAAGUCUAUACAGCACUGAGCCCUUCCCUGCGUACGAAGAACCGUACCCUGCCCAUCAGGAAUUCGAAAUGUUUCUGCAGGCGAGGGAAGAAGAGAACCCGACUCUCCCAGCGCAGACUGAAAGAAGAGGUGAGGAUAAGGAGAAUGUGGAUCCGAAUGAUUUGGAGAGGUUAAGGAAGUAUAGCCAGUAUUUCAGUUAUGGGUUUAAUUGUGGACGGGCGAUGGUUAAGGAUUGA